AUGGAAAGGGGAUGGUAUCAGCUGAGAAACAUGCAAAUCCGCCAGCAGUGUGGAGGCCCUGCAUGCAGAGGAUCCUUAAUAGGACUCUUAAGUGGCAGUACUAAAGGAGAACCUGAACAUACGGUCACACAAUUGAAGGGCAAAGACUGGUCCCUGCCGAGGCUCAGUAGAUACCUCAGGACCUGUGUGCAGCCCCUGUUCAGAGAUCCGAGACCAUGUCUGAUACAGAGGAGGUGGUGGAGGAGUACGAGGAAGCAUGAAGAGGCAGUGGAGGAGGAAGAGGAUGGUGAGGCUGAAGCAGAGGCUGAGGCUGAGGCAGAGACUGAGGAGACCAAAGCAGAAGAGGAUGGUCCAGAUGAAGAAGCCAAAGAGGCUGAAGAUGGCCCAGUAGAGGAAUCUAAACCUAAGCCUAGGCUGUUCAUGCCCAACUUGGUGCCACCCAAGAUCCCCGAUGGAGAGAGAGUGGACUUUGAUGACAUCCACAGGAAGCGCAUGGAGAAGGACCUGAACGAGCUGCAAACGCUGAUUGAGGCUCAUUUUGAGAACAGGAAGAAAGAGGAGGAGGAGCUCAUUUCUCUCAAAGACAGGAUCGAAAAGCGGCGGGCAGAGCGGGCUGAGCAGCAGCGCAUUCGCAAUGAGCGGGAGAAGGAACGGCAGAACCGCCUGGCUGAAGAAAGGGCCCGGCGUGAGGAGGAGGAGAACAGGAGGAAGGCCGAGGAUGAGGCACGAAAGAAGAAAGCUUUGUCCAACAUGAUGCAUUUUGGAGGAUACAUUCAGAAGCAAGCCCAGACAGAGCGGAAGAGUGGGAAAAGGCAAACUGAGCGAGAAAAGAAGAAGAAGAUUCUGGCAGAGAGGAGGAAAGUGCUGGCCAUUGACCAUCUGAAUGAAGACCAAUUGAGAGAGAAGGCCAAGGAGCUAUGGCAGAGCAUCUACAACCUGGAGGCUGAGAAGUUCGAUCUUCAAGAAAAGUUCAAGCAGCAGAAAUAUGAAAUCAAUGUUCUGCGAAACAGGAUCAAUGACAACCAGAAAGUCUCCAAGACCCGUGGGAAGGCCAAAGUCACUGGGCGCUGGAAAUAGAGGCUGAACUGCCCUCACCAAAGCUCUGCUCCUUGCCUGUGUCUCUGCCCUGUGCAUCCCAGCUCUGGGUCUUCCCAAGCACCCAAUUCCUGUCUGGAAAGUGGGAUCCAGCCCAGCUAGAAGCCAGCACUCCUGCCUGUCCCCCAUGCCCAUACUAUACCAGGAAUAAAAGGCCAGC